UUGUCUAUGGCGAUCGACCGUACCUGCCGCCAUUUGCAGUCGUUCGCUAGCGUUCAUUUUCUCGAAUUUUGCGUCGACUUCGCUCGUAUCACGGCCAGCGUUAUCGUCUCGCACUACUGGCACGAUGUCGUUCAAUCGAGGAGUGAAGAGGGAUUCCUUCGGAAAUCGGGGGAAUUUCAAUCGUAAUAGUGGCGGCGGCGGCAAUAACAAUCGACUUAGCAACAUGGGCAACAGUAUGGGAAAUAACAUGGGUGGAGGGAUGAGUGGAGGCGGCAUGGGUGGAAUGAAUCCCUGGGAAAGUGGUAUGAUGCCUGGCAGAGGUAUCCUACCUACACCCAACAACAAUCUCUCCCUGGCAUCUCCACAGGCGCAGCUGGCAAUUGCUAGCAACCUUCUGACGAACUUGCUUCGCAGCCAGCAGGAAGUACAACCUCAGGUGCCAUCGCUUAUGAGCCUUGGAAAUAAUUUUUCCGGACCAGGGCCGAACUAUUCUAACCAACAGAACUUUUCCUCAGGACGGUUUAAUGAUCGGCCGGCGCGACAUGGUCUGAAAAAUCAACGUCAGCAACCGUACAACAAGAUGGGCAAUCGCGCCCGAGACGGCCCUGCUGGGCGACGUGGUCCGUCCGCACAACAAUCUCGUGCGCCCCAGUCCGGCAGUCAACGUAUGAACGGAAACCAAAUCCAACAUCGCAACGAUAAGUCUUCUAAACCAAUUCCUGCCUCUAAACAAAAUCAGACUGCCAAAAAGGAACAGCAGGAUGUUAAGACCUGUGAUACUGAAAAAGCAGAAGCGCCUGCUCCGAAAAGCGGUGAAGACGUGGAAGAAACCGAGGAUAAGAAACGCGAUUGGAAGGAUGAGAAGGAUGAAACGGAAGAAGUAGAGGGGAAAACGGAGGAGGGUGACAAAACGAUGGAUGUUGACACGAGUAUGGAAAAGUCCGCCAUUGCGGAAGAGACGCCGAAAGAGGCGAGCACGCCCUCACCCGAGAAGGACGCGAAAACAACCGGCAAGAAAUCUGAGGCUAGACAUGCCGAGAGUCGUUAUGCCGAGGUUCCGAUGAGCCACAUGUUUUGCCAUAUCUGCAACAAGCACAUGUGGGACGGAUACUCUUUUGAAAAUCAUCUUCGGGGACGCGCACAUCAGCUGAUGAUGGAGAAGCUGGAUGAAUCUUACAAACUGAAGGUCGACCUGAUGCGACAUGAGCUUCGUGUUGCCGAGGAGCAACGCGAACUCAGCUUGAACAACUCGAAACGACGUGGCAAAAAAGUCUCCGUGGACUUCAACGUUAGAGAGUACUGUACUAUGUGCGACUUGAAUUUCUACGGGACUCUGUCUACGCACAGGAAGAGUGAGAAGCAUCAGCAGCUGAAGACUUUUUUGCAUCCCCGAUGUUUCCCUUGCUUGAAAGAAUUUCCGUCUCGCAUCGAGUACGAUGAGCACUGCUUGACACCCACUCAUAUGAAGAACGCUGUUCAGUGCGAGGAACAACGGAAAAACAAAAAGAAAGAAAAAUUGGCGAAGGGAGAAGCUGAAGUCCGUAGCGCGGAGGACGAGGAGAAGGACGUUUGGCAUGACACGAAGAAUGACAAAGAAGAAGAUUCCGGAGAACAAGAAUACAUCACGGAUAUCACGGAAAAUAUGGGCGAGACCAAGUUCAAGAUCCCGUCUUACAAGUACUGUCGUCAGAAGCAGAUAGGCGUCGGUAAAUCGAUGAUCAAGGAGGUGCAAGGAUUUUACUGUGAGCGUUGCCGGCGGUUCAUGCUCUUGGCUGAUGACAUGAACGCUCAUCUACGCAGUAUCACUCACUACCGAAACUUCUUGGCAGAGGUGAAGUCGUCAACGUCAGUCGCCGCGGCUGCCGAGUCGAAGGAAGCCGAGCAAAGCGAGGGUGAGAAGAAUGCCGCUCAGAUCUCGGAGGAAUUCGAUGGGAACUGGAAACGUCGCAAGACUUCUCACGAUGAUGAGACCAACGACGAGAACAACGACCAGCCGAAUGAGCCGCAAGAGAGCAACGCCGAUAACGCGAACACGCCGAAGAAGUCGGAUGGAGAGGAAAAGUACGACCCGUUGGAAGCUGAUGCCGAGUCCGAGGAGGAUGAGACGAAUCGCGAACCAGCGCCGGAGGUGGCGCCGGCGGAGGCUACGCAAAAUGCCUCCGCUAACGGGCAGGAAAAAACGCCGAUCGAUGAGAUGUGGACGGACGCGGAUGCUGACGAUGCCGAGAUGGGUAAUUUGAUCGACGAGACGGACGAGAAGGAAUUACGAGACACGGAUUACGAGAAAGCCGCCCCGCCGAAGGUAGAACGUAAUGUCAGCCCGCCGAAAAUGCCUCGAGGACGCGGAUAUGCACGCGGUCGCGGCGGCCCGCGUGCCAGGAGAUCUCGGCGAUAAGCUGACGCGGUACGAAUCGCGAUACGCGAAAGUACGAAAGUAUAUGAAGAGGCGUGGAAAAUGCAUCGCAGCCGGUAGAAGCUAGAUGAACAUUUUCCGCGCUGCUACAAGUCCUAAUGAUAAUGCAAAACAUAUAGAGCAUGCGAACAUUUCUAUUGUCAAUGCAUAUUUAGACACGUGUAAUAUUAUGCGUAUGUUGUAUUCACGUGGAUUACGUGUGUAGCGUAAAAUCUAAUUUGUAAGCGACCUAUCUUACUCGCGGCACAUAACGGAAGGAAAGAGGAGAACGAGAAACACAAGAUUUCAUCGGGAUCGGCAGUAUAGAAGUCUUAGACUACUAUUGGUUCUCGUUACAUGUCUCAUAUUUUAAUUCGUUUCCUUAUAACGACAAAGACCUGUGUUUCGGAUCAUAAGCUAAAUAAAACACAUUUAUUGUAUACAAUAUAUUCACACUGA